CAAACUCCAAACGAACCACCAAAAAACAAAAGCCUAAGAUUCGAUUCCAAGCUUGGUCGUUCGUGCACAAGGAGCAAGCCAAGAAUCCUAAUACAGAUUCAUCGGCGAUCCAUGGCAGCGGCAAGCCGAUUCGCGGCUGCGUGCGGCGCUCUCAGCCAGUACGUGAAGGAGGCUGCAGAUCACAGGGCUCAGCUCGCGCAGCCGGCCCCAUCCCCAUCCCCGGCCGUGCGGCCUCUCCCCCUCAUGCCAGGCGCCGAUGUUACUAGCAGGGGAGAAGAGCCCGAGGCGGAUCCGGCGAGCAGGGCUGCGGCAGCGCAGCUCACCAUCUUCUACGGCGGGAGGGUACUGGUGCUCGACGACUGUCCGGCUGACAAGGCGGCCGUCCUGCUGCGGCUCGCCGUUGCCGCGGCCGCGGCCGCUAAGGCUAAGCCAGAGACAGAGCCCCAAGUCGGAGCGCGUGGUGAUGUGCUCGUCGCCGUCGCGGACCUGCCGGUGGCGAGGAAGGCGUCGCUGCAGCGGUUCAUGGAUAAGAGGAAGGGCAGGCUCGCCGCGCGUGAUCAGCCGUACCGCCGGCCGGAUGCCGCGCUCCGUGAUCAUCUCGCGCUUGCGCUCUGAAUAUCUCUCUUCAUCUUCUUUUUUUUGACCCACCUGAAAGAUAUUAGCGUCUAGUCGUAGAGUGUGUCGAUCCUUUGGAUCAUACGGAGUACUUCCAAGCUUGUACAGGGGAAGUCUGUUGUAAUGUCAAGAAAAGGAUGAAAAUACAGACAAAAUACCUGGUUACUGCUUA